GGGUAUCCUGACUUCCGGAGGUCGGGCCAGAUGCGAACUCGUGCUCGAAGACAAGGACAACGCCGCCUGCGAUCGAGCUUAACCCAGAUUCGGAGGCGAUGCCACUGUCACGAUACCGGUGCUUAACUCGCGUACUUCUCCGAGGGCCCCGUAUAGUCCCCAAUAGUCAAAAAUAGUCGCAAUUAAGUAACACGCAUUGCCUCUUUUUUUUUCCGUCCUCGCUUAACGCCUCGCUUACCUGUUUGAAUCACCCACCGCUUAAUAGCAUUUAGUUAUAUUAGAGGGAAGAGAAGCACAGAGGGCGUGCGAGUGAUGAGCAGGAGGAAAUCAUGUCUUCAACCCCGCGUUUUGUCAACGCCGUCUACUAUCCCGGCUGGAGCGUCUACAAGGGGUUUUCCCCUUCCUCGAUGCAGAUAGAUUGCGUCGACCAAGUCUUCUACGCCUUCACUCGACUCAACCCCGACGGGUCUCUCCGCUUCCUGGACGAGUUUGGGGAUAGCCAAAAGCCGGUAGACGGGGAGCAGGGCUGCCUUCGCGCGCUCGCCAAGCUGAAGCGGGCGACGCCAGGUCUGAAGACGCUGGUAUCCAUAGGCGGCGGCGGCGGAAGUGCCGAAUUCCCCCUCGUGGCUGCCGACCCCGCAUGUCUCCAAACAUUUGCGAGGUCUUGCAGGAUGUUCGUCGAUGAGUUCGAGUUCGACGGCGUCGACGUCGACUGGGAGCACCCGACUACGCCCCGCGACGGCGCAAAUUUUCUGGCCUUGAUUGCUAGUCUUCGAGAAGCAUUGCCUUCACCGCAGUACCUCAUCACGACCGCUCUCCCCACAGGGGAGUAUUGCCUUAGGAACAUUGACCUGUACGUCUUGGGACAGCUCCUUGACACGUUGAAUCUAAUGGGCUACGACUUCACCGGCCCCUGGACAGCCGUCUCCGGCCACCACGCCCAGCUAUUCCCUCAGCUAGGCCCGCAAGAGAACAUCCCUCCGGCUCUGUGCAACUCGUGCCACCGCGGAGUCACCUACCUUACAUCGCACAACUUCCCGCCGGGGAAAAUACUCCUCGGGGUUCCUGCCUACGCCAGGUCGUUCGGUGGCGCCUGCGGCAUUAACGAGCAGUUCCAGUCCGCCGAGGAAAUGGAGUAUAAGGAGAUCCCGCGCGAGUGGACCCAGGCGGCAUCCGUCCACCGCGACAUCGGGGCGGCGAGUUACGUCGACUACUCGCCCGACGGCAAGGGCUUCGUUAGCUUCGACGUCCCGGACACGGUGCGGCAGAAGGCCGACUACGUCAAGCAGAUGGGCCUGGCCGGGCUGUUCUACUGGACCAGCGCCGGCGACCUCCAAGGCGCCGAGAGCCUCGUCCGGGCCGGGUACGAGACGCUCAACGCGCAGGGGGGCUCCGUCGGAACCACCGGAGCGAGUACGGCAAAUCGAACGUAAAACUCUCGGUGACUCAAAACCCUGUCCCCUUCACCAACUCGAACGACGCAGAGUGCGGCAGCCGGAAUAGCGGGGGCAGAGUACACGGCUGUAUCUCUUUCCUCUUUUAUGCUUACCAUCAUGGCAGAACAAUCCCCUGUUCCUCGCCCCCCCCCCUCCCAGCGUCGAGGAGCAGCGGUACUACUGCCAUGGCUUGCCUCCCC